AUGGGGAAGGAUAUGAAUUUUUUCAAUUCUCCUCGUAAAAGUGAAGUCUGUACGGUCGCUUGCGACCGCACCUUUGAAAGUAUAUCUGAGUUAAAAAUUCCCUUCAGUUUUGAGUCUGGAGUUGCUUUCUUUGUGGGUUCAUGCAAUGGCUUGUUGUGUCUCUGGAAUUUGGACGCUGAUAUGUACUUGUGGAACCCCAGCAUUAGAAAAUUCAAGACGUUACCUUCUUGUACUAAUUUGAAACCCCAUCGACGUCGUACACUCGGAUUUGCUUAUGAUUCCCAAAAUAAUGACUACAAGGUUGUGAGGAUUUGGUUUGAUUAUCAUAAACCCAUGAUUAUGGUGUACACAUUAAGUUUGGAUUCAUGGGAAAUAGUAAUCUCGUGGAGUCCCAAUGUUGUGUACUACCAAAUUAACUCUGAUAUGCCAUCCCCAUUUGUUAGUGGACAUUUGCAUUGGAUGCUUGUUAGGAUGGAAAGAAGAGGAGAAGGACAAGGGAUGCGCAAUACUAGAAUGAUAUUGUCGUUUGAUGUCAAUAGUGAGAAAUUCAAUGAGCUACCGCUGCCUGAUGUUGAACGUGGUUCCUUUAAAGAACAGAAGUGUCUUAUAUCAUUCAAGGGGAAACUGGCUUUAUCUAUAUUGGGAGAACAACCACAUGGCAUGUUGAUCUCCAUAUGGGUGAUGAUGAAGUAUGGUGUGCAUGAAUCUUGGAAUAAACUUUGUGUUGUAUCAGCUGAAAAUACAAUUUUUGUUGUAUCGAAUAAAAUCUUGACUCGUUUGAUUGGUUUCACCAAGGAUGGUCCACUUCUAAUUCAAAAGAAUUAUAAGAAGACAAAGAGGUCCAGAUUGAAAAACAAGUAUGUUUUAAUUGACCCUGAAACUCUACAUGAGAAGGCUACUAGUAUUAAAGGUGAAAAUGUUUUAGCUAUGGAUGGUUACAUGGAGAACCUUGCUUUACUUGAUGGUGUAAAUGUGGAAUUUACUGAGAAGUGGUAUGGAUGA